CUAACUCCUCCAAAACUUUCUAGAAACUCAGUCAACAGACAAACACUGAGACUGACUGACAAAGUGUCGCAACUCGCCUCACUCCUCUUUAAAUGAAACUUUAAACUUCUUUAAAGUGUGUUUUCUUUUGAAGCUAAAGUCCGCACAUCCACUUUGAUAACCUUUUUGAAUUAGCCGGGUCACGCUUGCGUAGAGUUUUCUCGAUUUUCCCCCUAUUUUUUAUUUCUUUUUAAAAAUUUGGAUUAAGUUUUAUCCCUUUUAAACUCGUGAUGGCUGUCCUGUCACUAGCGAUACUACUUGUAGGAUUUGUGUUGACUUCAGCUGACAAGGCUGGUGAAGUAGAUAGAGAGGGCCAUCUAAGGAGCAGGCUGAGGGAGUACGGCCUUGUCACUCCCUUCAGCACUGACUCCCAUGGACACUACCUGUCACACCUGCUCUCUGCCACUCAUAAGCAGCGAGUCAAGAGGGACAUUCUUUCCUCUGGUGACAAUGAGCAGAAACUCUUCUUCAACAUCACUGCCUUCGGGAAGGAGUUCCACCUCCGCCUGCGCCCAAACAAUCGAUUGGUGGCCCCUGGUGCUAUGGUUGAGUGGCACGAUGAGGUCCAAGGCUUCAUGAACAUCAGUGACAGUGCAGAGAAUAAUUCAAGUACAGGCGCCAACCAAACAGGAUCCACCACUGGGGAUGAAAGGAUACUGCGCCGUGAGCUGCUAAAGACUGACUGCACCUUUAUCGGUGACAUCACAGACGUCCCCGGGGCAGCGGUUGCCAUUAACAACUGUGACGGACUGGCUGGAAUGAUCCGCACUGACUCGGAUGAGUACUUUAUUGAGCCUCUGGAGAGAGGAGCUCAGGAGCUGGAGGACCAGGGCCGGGUCCAUGUGGUUUACCGCAGGUCGGCUCUGCUUCAAACUACUUCUGAAAUCCAAGAGGACUACCAGCUUCAAGAGCCGGAGCUGGAUGUACCUGGUACCCUGGACUCUGUAACCCGUCAGGUCAAUGAGACUGUCCACCGCCGCCGUUACCGUAGAGACGUUGGGGAGGAUGACUAUAACAUUGAGAUUCUGUUGGGCGUCGAUGACUCAGUGGUUCGGUUUCAUGGCAAGGAGCAUGUGCAGAAUUACCUCCUCACGCUUAUGAAUAUUGUCAAUGAGAUCUACCAUGAUGAGUCUCUGGGAGUCCACAUCAAUGUGGUCCUGGUGAGGAUGAUCAUGUUGGGGUAUGCCAAGUCCAUUAGCCUCAUUGAAAGAGGGAACCCAUCCCGGAGCCUGGAGAAUGUUUGCCGGUGGGCAUUUGUGCAACAGAAAGGAGACCCUGAGCACGCUGAGCACCACGACCAUGCAAUAUUCCUCACUCGCCAAGGCUUCGGCCCCACAGGGAUGCAGGGUUAUGCUCCAGUCACAGGAAUGUGCCACCCAGUCCGGAGCUGCACCCUCAACCAUGAAGAUGGAUUCUCUUCAGCCUUCGUUGUGGCUCAUGAGACCGGACAUGUGUUGGGAAUGGAACAUGAUGGCCAGGGGAACCGCUGCGGGGACGAGACAGCGAUGGGAAGUGUCAUGGCUCCUCUGGUGCAGGCAGCCUUCCAUCGGUACCACUGGUCCAUGUGCAGCGGACAGGAGCUCAAGAGAUACAUUCAAACAUAUGACUGCCUUUUGGAUGACCCCUUCAAACAUGAUUGGCCGCAGCUUCCUGAACUCCCAGGCAUCAACUACUCCAUGGACGAGCAGUGUCGCUUUGAUUUUGGAGUAGGAUAUAAAAUCUGCACAUCAUUUCGUACUUUUGACCCUUGUAAACAGCUGUGGUGCAGUCACCCGGACAACCCUUACUUCUGCAAAACCAAGAAGGGGCCACCUCUGGACGGAACCGAGUGUGCUCCUGGAAAAUGGUGCUACAAAGGUCACUGCAUGUGGAAAAACCCUAAUCAGGUCAAGCAGGAUGGUGCUUGGGGCUCCUGGAGUAAAUACGGGUCAUGCUCACGCUCAUGUGGAACUGGAGUUCGCUUCCGGACACGUCAGUGCAACAACCCAGCGCCCUCAAAUGGUGGUCAAGACUGCCCGGGUGUGAACUAUGAAUAUCAGCUCUGCAACACUGAUGAUUGCCCCAAGCACUUCGAAGACUUUCGAGCCCAGCAGUGUCAGCUCCGCAACUCCCACUUUGAGUUCCAAAAUGCCAAACAUCACUGGCUACCCUAUGAGCAUCCCGACGCCAACAGGAGAUGCCACUUGUACUGCCAGUCAAGAGAAACCAGUGAUGUGGCUUACAUGAAGCAGCUGGUGCAUGAUGGGACACGAUGCUCCUACAAAGAUGCCUACAGUAUCUGUGUGCGAGGGGAGUGUGUGAAAGUUGGCUGUGACAGAGUGAUCGGUUCAGUCAAAGUUGAGGACAAAUGCGGAGUCUGUGGUGGAGACAACUCCCACUGCCGCACUGUUAAAGGAACCUUUACCCGGACACCAAAGAAACCUGGGAAGACAAGAGGAGCCUUCUCUUUGCCUAAAGGAGCAAGAAAUGUUUUUUUAAAUGAAACGGAAGACUCUAGACAUGUACUUGGUUACCUUAAGAUGUUUCACAUUCCUCCUGGAGCGAGACAUGUGAUCAUCCAAGAACACGAGGCCUCCCCUCAAAUUCUUGCAAUCAAGAACCAGGCGACAGGACAUUACAUCCUAAACGGAAAAGGAGAGGACGUCAAGUCCAGAAGCUUCAUCGACUUGGGAGUGGAGUGGCACUACAUCAUCGAGGAUGACGUUGAGACGCUGCACACUGACGGGCCUCUACAUGACCCUGUGGUGGUUCUGAUUGUGCCCAGGGACAAUGAAACACGGUCUACUUUAAUGUACAAGUACAUCAUCCAUGAAGAUUCAGUGCCUGUCAACAACAAUAAUGUUAUCCAGGAGGACACAUACGAGUGGGCUCUGAAGAGCUGGUCUCCAUGUUCCAAACCUUGUGCUGGAGGGUUCCAGUACACCAAGUACGGCUGUCGGAAGAAAGGAGACACAAAGAUGAUCCACAGAGGCUACUGCGACGCCAACAAGAAACCAAAACCCAUCCGCAGAAUGUGUAAUCUCCAGGACUGCACACAGCCUCAGUGGAUCUCAGAUGAAUGGGAGCACUGCACUAAAACCUGCGGCAGUCUGGGCUUCCAGAUCCGAACUGUCCGCUGUGUUCAGUUUCUUCAUGACUUCACCAACCGAUCCAUCCACAGCAAAUACUGCAGCGGGGAGAAGCCAGAGAGCCGGAGACCCUGUAACAGAGUCUCAUGUCCAGCCCAGUGGAGGACUGGAGCCUGGUCAGAGUGCUCUGUGACCUGUGGAGAAGGGAUGGAGAGGCGUCAGGUCACCUGCCGGAUUGGAGAUCAGUGUAACGGAGAAAAACCUGAAAGUGUGAGACCCUGCAGACCAGGACCCUGCCAUGAUGAGCCAUGCAGUGGAGACAAGUCCAUCUUCUGCCAAAUGGAGGUCCUAGCCCGAUACUGCUCUAUUCCGGGCUAUAACAAACUGUGCUGCGACUCCUGCAGCAGGCGCACUGGGGCGCUAUCUUUGUUCGCAGAGGCGGCUGAGACAGAAGAACAUGUCCGCUUUGGUUCAGCCUCCCAGUUCCUGGAAACUUUAACAGCCAACAUUACACGCAGUGGUAAACAAAGCUCAAGCAAAGGACCAGCAGGCAAUGCUGUAAAGUACGUCACAACUCCUUCUCCGCUUAAGAAAACCUCAUCACGGAUCACUGUGGCACCGAGGCGGGUCCCAAGACACACAGGUCUGUCUGGCAGGAAGCUCCCUGUUAUGGCACCACCCCCACUGGCAGACCGCACUGAGAGUCAAAAGCUGAACAGCUUGACGGAUAGCCGGAGCCUGACGGCUUAUUCUGAAGUGGAGAGAUGAAAGUGACGGCUUUCCCCUUCGGGACUCUUAUUGUACAGUAGAUAGUCCAGCUUCUUCCUGAGUCUUGUCACACCAAAAACAACCACAACAUGAGAAAGAGAAAAAUAAAGUAAAGUGCUGGUUCACUUUGUUAUGAAUUAACCUUUUGACUGUGACACUAAUCUUAAAUAUGUUCUACAGAAAGCCCCCAGACUAUUUGGAUCCAAACAGCCAUGUUGCUCACUGCUAUACUUUAUGCAAAGAGGAGAAAAUAUACUUGCAAGGUACUGGGGGUGCAUGGUCUGUUUCAAAUGAAAAGCUUAAUGAAACACAUCUGCUGUAAUUAGUAGUAAAUAGAGAGACAGGUCAAUGAGGGAUUUAUGAGAUUAAGGAAUGCUCUAAAUGAAAACGCUGACCACAAUGUGAAAGAUCAUAAGCAGAUGUAUCAAAGAAGGAACCACCCAGUGUUACAGCUUUCUUCAGUGCCACCUUCAGCAUCAGCUGGGGUGACAGGUGCAGCUUUGUGUUUGUUAUUUCCCCCUAACCAGUCUUUCUUCUGCUCUUGUCAUUUAAUGAAUCAGGCUCCUGGUGUCUGCAGAGUAAUGAGGCAGGUUUUCCAGCAAACACUAUUUAGACAGCAAGAAAGAGAAUGUCAUCAGUGCAGUCAGGGGGGAUCCAAUUUGUUAAAACUCGAACAGACUGAACCUAUCUGAAAACAAAAAGGAACUUUUACUUGGACAUCAAUAACUGCCACUUUCUUGCCAAAAGUACUAUGAAGCUUCAGUCGUAAGGUUCAGUAAUUCCAGUUCUUCCUGAGGAAUGCAUCAAAGAAACAUAGAUAUUAACUGGCUACAUAUGUGAAGUGGCUGGGGAAACACGAGAACAAUAAGGGAAAUGGUUUGAAUAAUGAAGACUGCUUUUUAUGUAGCAGUGUCUCAGAAUUGGUGCUCUACAAUUUCUAUUGAAAUGGGUAUUUAUAAAGGUCCUGUAAAUACUGUACAUGAGCAUAUCAGUGUUAUGGGAAGAAGCAGGGAAACUUUCAAACACCCUCUAAUUGAAUGACCAAAACAGAUGUCUACAUGUUGACUCUUUCUGUAGCUUUGUUAAAUGGUUGUAUACAGGGAGCUCUUUCUGGUCCAGCAUAAGAUAUGAUUAGAACGCCUUCACAUCAGUGCAGUAAACGAAAUAAGAUGCUUCAAACAGGAAAUGGUUAGUUGGCUUAGUUUCGCUUAACUUAGCUUAACUAACCUUUGUGUAAGGACUAAUUACAGAUACUCUCUGGUGUAAAAUAAAAGUUACCAGCAUCUCAUAUAUCUCAUCUCAGCUUAUAAAUGGAAUAACUCAUAUAAAAGGUCAAAACUAUUCUAUCACUCAGAGCUGAGCUGGCUUACUGAGCUAAACAGGUCUCCAGGCUGUGCUCCAUGUUUAACAUGCAGACAUGAUAGAGUUUUAUGCUUUCACUUUUGAAAAGAAAACAAUAAAGCAAACUUCUGAGAAACUUUCGUUUCAAGGCAGAAUGUGUAGGAUUUGUUUGAUGCGGUAUGUCCUCAUCUCAAUGUCAGUGUAGUACUUUAGGAAUGCUAAUGUUCUGGCAUUUGGUGCCCUACUUUUUUAAAGAACCCUCAUACCCUGCAUGCAAACUGCUGUUUUGUUUCUUGGAAAAUCCAAGAAAUUUUGCCCUAUACAAAAAACAUCUACAGUUAUUCUGUGCUUUUUUUAGGCUGAUGUUUGAGAAGUGAUGCCAUCAUGGUUGUUGAUUUGCACAUUCCUCCAAAAGAAAACUGUCCUCAGGAUGGUGAUUUUUGUUUCUCCAAGAAGGGAACUAAGGCCGGCCACACACUAGACAAUUUUUUAAUCUAAAACGAUUUUAAAACCAUGAGAGACCACAGACUUAGGGACAGUUCCCAAAGAUUUUUCAUCUUUAAUCCUCUGAACGCACACA